GCUGCCCGCUGGGGACGUUCAAGGCCAGCCAAGGGGAUGAAGGAUGUGUCCACUGCCCGAUUAACAGCCGGACGACUUCAGAAGGGGCCACUAACUGCGUGUGCCGAAAUGGGUAUUACCGGGCGGAUGCUGAUCCUGUCGACAUGCCAUGCACCACCAUUCCCUCUGCCCCCCAGUCCGUCAUCUCCAGUGUGAACGAGACCUCUCUGAUGCUGGAGUGGACCCCACCGCGGGACUCGGGGGGCCGGGAGGACCUGGUGUACAACAUCAUCUGCAAGAGCUGUGGCUCCGGCCGCGGGGCGUGCACGCGCUGCGGGGACAACGUGCAGUUCGCCCCCCGCCAGCUGGGUCUGACCGAGCCCCGCAUCUACAUCAGCGACCUGCUGGCCCACACCCAGUACACCUUCGAGAUCCAGGCGGUGAAUGGCGUCACCGACCAGAGCCCCUUCUCCCCGCAGUUUGCAUCGGUGAACAUCACCACCAACCAGGCUGCUCCUUCAGCUGUGUCCAUCAUGCACCAGGUCAGCCGCACCGUGGACAGCAUUACCCUCUCAUGGUCUCAGCCUGACCAACCCAACGGAGUCAUCCUGGAUUAUGAGCUGCAAUAUUAUGAGAAGGAUCUGAGUGAGUUAAAUUCAACAACAGUGAAGAGCCCCACCAACACUGUGGCCGUGCAAAACCUCAAAGCUGGCACCAUCUACGUCUUCCAGGUGCGGGCACGUACUGUGGCUGGGUAUGGCCGGUAUAGCGGCAAGAUGUAUUUCCAGACCAUGACUGAAGCCGAGUACCAGACCAGCGUCCAGGAGAAGCUGCCGCUCAUCAUCGGCUCCUCCGCGGCAGGACUGGUGUUCCUCAUUGCCGUGGUCGUCAUCGUUAUUGUGUGCAACAGAAGACGGGGAUUUGAGCGUGCUGACUCCGAGUACACCGACAAGCUGCAGCACUAUACCAGUGGCCACAUGACUCCAGGGAUGAAGAUUUAUAUUGACCCAUUCACCUACGAAGAUCCCAAUGAGGCUGUCAGGGAAUUUGCAAAAGAAAUCGAUAUCUCUUGUGUCAAAAUCGAGCAGGUGAUUGGGGCAGGGGAGUUUGGUGAGGUGUGCAGUGGGCAUCUCAAGCUUCCGGGAAAAAGAGAGAUUUUUGUGGCCAUCAAGACCCUGAAGUCUGGUUACACGGAGAAGCAGAGACGGGACUUCUUGAGCGAAGCCAGCAUCAUGGGGCAGUUUGACCACCCCAACGUCAUCCAUCUGGAGGGGGUGGUGACCAAGAGUUCACCAGUCAUGAUCAUUACUGAGUUCAUGGAGAAUGGCUCACUGGACUCCUUCUUGCGGCAAAAUGAUGGGCAGUUCACAGUGAUACAGCUGGUGGGCAUGUUGCGGGGCAUCGCGGCAGGCAUGAAGUACCUGGCCGAUAUGAACUACGUGCACCGGGACCUGGCUGCCCGCAACAUCCUGGUGAACAGCAACCUGGUCUGCAAAGUGUCUGACUUUGGCCUCUCCCGUUUUCUGGAGGACGACACCUCUGAUCCCACCUACACCAGUGCGCUGGGUGGGAAGAUCCCAAUACGGUGGACAGCACCUGAGGCAAUUCAGUACCGAAAAUUCACAUCAGCCAGUGAUGUGUGGAGCUACGGAAUAGUCAUGUGGGAGGUGAUGUCGUAUGGCGAGCGGCCUUACUGGGAUAUGACCAAUCAAGAUGUGAUAAAUGCUAUCGAGCAGGACUAUCGGCUGCCGCCGCCUAUGGAUUGUCCAAAUGCGCUGCACCAACUAAUGCUUGACUGUUGGCAGAAGGAUAGAAACCACAGGCCCAAAUUUGGGCAAAUUGUCAACACUUUAGAUAAAAUGAUCCGAAAUCCUAACAGCCUGAAAGCCAUGGCACCUCUCUCCUCUGGGAUGAACCUCCCCUUACUUGACCGCACAAUCCCGGAUUAUACCAGCUUCAACACUGUGGAUGAGUGGCUGGAUGCCAUCAAGAUGAGCCAGUACAAGGAGAGCUUUGCCAGUGCUGGCUUCACUACCUUUGACGUAGUAUCUCAGAUGACUGUAGAGGAUAUUCUGCGAGUUGGGGUCACUUUAGCAGGACACCAGAAGAAAAUUCUGAACAGUAUCCAGGUGAUGAGAGCACAGAUGAACCAAAUUCAGUCUGUGGAGGUUUGAUAGCUACGUGUCCUCCUGCUCCUCUUCCUUGAGGCCCUGCUCCCCUUUGCCCCUGUAUGUCCGAGCUCCGGUUCUUGAGUGUUCUGCAUGGACCAGAGACAGGCAGCUGCUCUGAGGAUCAUGGCAACAGGAAGAAGCGCCCUGUCAUCAAUAACGAGAAGUCGUCAAGAGCUUCUAGAACUUAAGCAAUGGAAAAAGGGAA